AUGUCGUCAGCUGUAGCGGAGCUGGAGAACUAUCUCCAGUCCAUGCUGGCCUUGAAACCACCUGGCGUAUCAGGCUCCAAGAUUCACAGCAUCACCACAUUGUGCACUGCCAAUGUUCAGAAUGAAUCCGUUCUUAUUCAAAAGAUCUACACACACUUCAAAAAGGCACCGGGCACCCACAAGCUGGGCGUACUCUAUGUCGUAGACUCUGUAACCCGACAGUGGGUAGAAGCUGCACGCAAAGCUGGUCAACCUCCAGGAAGCUCGGCUCCCGAUGGAACUUUCGCCGCUGGUGUUAACCGAGUCACCGAAUUGCUGCCCGUUUUGAUGGGAGAUAUUAUAAACACAUCCCCGCAGGAUCAAAAGGACAAGAUCAAGAAACUCAUCGACAUCUGGGAGCGAGGAUGCACGUUCCCUCUUCCUAUGCUCGCCUCCAUUCGAGAGAAAAUGAACACCCCCCAAAACAUUGAGUCAACCACUCCCGAAGGAUCACCUGCUCCCGGUUCGAACCCUCUCGGAGCGAGUAACUCUGCAGCUGCUCCAGAUACUUCGAGUAUCUUGAAGGCGUUGGCCGACAUGGCCAAGCAGAAUACCGCUGCCCCCGCUGCCCCAGCCAACCCGCUGGCGGCUUUGAACCCGUCCGCCCCGUUGCCCAUCUCUUCGGCCGAUGCCUCGAUUCCCCCUUCGGCUCCAAAUCAAUUUGCCGCUCCCAAUGCCAUGAACCCGUUCGCUGCCCUGGGUGCUCUUGGUCAAAACCCUGCCUUGGGCCAACAGACUCAUAGCCCCACCCCGAACCCGAUGACCCAGAACCCGAUGGCAGCUAUGCUCCCACAAGCUGCGGCUCCAGCCAUGCCCGAUGGAGGUGCGAUGGCGCAGCAGCUUCAGCUGCUCCAAAUGCUUGCCGCCCAGGGAAUCCCUCAAGACCAAUGGGCCACCGCCUUGCAACUCUUCACCAUGAGCAACAUGGGCGCGAACCCGGCUCAGCCUGGUUUCAAUGCCAUGCCGGGAAUGCCUCCAAUGCCCGGGAUGCCUUCGAUGCCUGGAAUGCCCGGUAUGCCCGGUAUGCCCGGUAUGCCCGGAUGGGGCCAGCAAGAGAAUCAGAAUCGGGAUGAACGCGAUCGUGACCGUCAAUACGACCGUUCUCCAGGCGGAUAUCGCCGUCGCUCGCGCUCUCCUGGUGCUGGCUGGGACCGACGCCGCACUGCCUCUCCCCCCUCGUCGCCGCGAUAG